AUGCAACUCGAGUUACAAGAACUGAAGGACAUCAACAAGGAAUUGACUGAGGAGAACAAGAUCCUUAAAGCCAACCAGCUGAAGAGGAAGAAGAAGGGUCAAAACACCUUGGAAGAAAACAUGGCAUUCAAUGAAGAGAUCCGCUUAUGUGGUUGCAAAUAUGGCACCUGUUACAAGAUGUUUGCACCAGAUAGGCAACUCCUUCUGCACAGCAAUCCAAUGUUCGCUCCACCUCUCAAUGAACCAUCACACUAUGAAACAUCAGCCUCAGUGGAGUUAGAACUACUUUCUGAGCUAUACAGUCUACUUCCAUCACAUAUCCACCCUCUUGUGGCAGAUAAUCACUUCACUGAUGUUUUUGAGGAUGCGAUGAACAGUAGCUGCGCAUCUAAAAUCAAGAAACUAUGCUCCAAAGCUGGAGUUAUCUUCGGUCUUCCUGAACAAUAUUUUACUGAUACUACGUACAAUCAAGCAAGUGUUCCCGAGAUCCAGAAACUUCUUGGUAUCUCAGUAUCGCAGCGUACUCCAAAGCCCUUCCCACCUAUCCUUUUUCCCAACCUGGUCGAAGAUGCAUCACUCAAAACGAUCUUCAGAAACUGGGAAGUCUUCGGAAAGAUCAUCUGUAUAGUACUAUGGGGUGAAACUGGCUUGACUGCGCUACGAGCAGGAGGACCUCUGCCCAAUGCAGUUAUUGUUAUAUUUCUACUUAGUGACGACAAAGAGUUUCACUAUUCCGGCAAGGGGGAGACCACAAAGAUCCAAUAUAGCUACAUGUUCUCUUCAUACAAGAAGAUUAUUAUCAAGAACUGGACUACAGAAUACACGCAUGACAUUGUGAAGGCACUCAAUAGUUUUAUUUUCACCAAAGGUUCGAGAAUGGUUGAUUCGAUGUCAGACAAGGAGGACUUUACAGCAGCAAUGGAUUGUGCCUUGGCAGGUAUAACUGAAGGUGAGGAGAACACUGGUACAGGAUACAAUGGAUGA